AUGCUUAAUGGCAGAUAUAUGAAUAACAAAAAUAGAAAAGAUCAGAGCAUGUUAUUAAUGCUCGAUAAAGAUAUAAAAAAAGAUACUGAUGAAUUAGAAAAUCCCAAAAAUUCUUUAAAAAGUGAUUCUAUUAUUUUUAAAAAGGUCAGUUCAAACAACUUAAAGUUUAUAAAAUCUUUCAAUAAUACAAUUCAUGACUAUUUAGAAAAUGAAAAACAUGAUAAAGAUGAGAACAUUUCACAGCUUUAUUUAAUAAAUUAUAAUUUUUUAAAUGAAGAAGUUUUAAAAAAGGAGAGAUUUUUAUUCAAUGAUACAACAACAGAAGAUUAUCAGAGAAGGUACAUUGCUCAAAAGGAAACAUUAAAGCACGAUGAACAUGUACUGCAAGAAAAUAUAUUAAGGAAAAAAGACAAUUUAGAAAAUAAAGAACAAAUAUAUUUAAUAGGUAAAGUAAAUAAAGAAUAUUUAUUUGAUAUAAACAAUGAAAAUACAAAAUCAAGAUUAAAUGAAGAAAUUAAAGAAAAUAAACUAAAUAAAUUAUUACAUGCAUGUGAAGAUGAUUUACAUAAAAAUUAUAAUGAAUUUUUAAUUAGUGAUAAUAUUCCUAUACAUUCAUUAAAUAAAUUAAAUAAUAAAUGCUUAAGAAAUGAAGAUGAAAACGAAUUUUCCAACGAAAAUAUUCAAGAGAAAUGCAAAAAUUAUUCAGAAAUUUUUUUUUCUAAGAUAGAUAAUUCUUUUUAUAAUAAUUUCUAUAAAGAAAUAAAUAAUAGUAAAGAAAAUGAUAAGGAUAAUAUAAAUAUGCCAUUAGACAAUUUUUAUUAUUUAAAUAAUGAAAACAAUUUAAAAAAUAAUAAAGACACAUCUAUAUAUUUAAAAAAUAAUAAUUUCUUCCAUUUAAUAAAUAAUUUGAAUAAGGAAAAAUCUAAUGAAAAAGAUCAUUAUGUAAUUAAGAAAAAAUUAAAUAAUAAUAUCACAUGUAAUAAUUUAAAUUCACAUAAAAACUUAAUUAGUAAUUUAAAAAGAGUAAAAAAUGAAAAUAAUUAUAAAAGUGAUAUAAAUUGUAUUAGUAGCAAUAAUAAUAGUACAUCAAAUGAUACUAUAAACAAAACAUGCUAUUAUUUAAAAGAAGAUAAAAUUUCAAAUAAUUUACGAGAAAAAUACUAUUCAUGUAUAAAUGAUCAAAAAACAUUUUACAAUACCUAUUUUGGAAAUGAAAUAAGUAAUGAAGAAUCUCUAUAUUUAAUGAAUUAUAUAAAUAUUCUUGCAAAUAAUGACACUGAAGUUGAAAACAGAAGUAUGAUAUUAAAAGAGAAAGAACAGAAUGAAGAAAAUGAAACAUUUACUAAUUUAAAUAGUAGUAUAUCAUUAGAUACCUUAAGUUACUUAUAUAGAAAAUAUAAUGAAUAUGCAUACACAAACAAUAAUUAUGAUGGUGAUGAUAUUAAUAAUAAUGAACAUAAAACCUUAUAUAAUAAACAAUUUGUAAACAGAAAAAGAAUAAAAAAUAAAGACUAUUAUUCACUAAAUGAUAAAUCAGAAUAUAUAAAUUUGUUAAAUGAUGAUAGUUCUCAAAAAAAAAAUGAAGAGCAAAAUGUUGAAACGUUUUAUAAUAGUAGGAAUAAUGAAAAUGCAUGUAAUAAUGAAAUAAAGGACAAUAAUAAAAAAUGUAUAUUAACAAAUGAAAGAGAAUUAAAAUAUUUUAGCAGUGAACAAGAAGUAUCAUGUAUUAGUAAUAAUUAUAAGAGAGAUAAAUUAAAUUUAAAAAAACUAUAUUACAAUGAUUUCUUUAAUAGAAGUAUUAAUGAAAAUAAUAUUCCAUUAAAUAACGACAAAAUAAAAAAUUACAAAAAAAAUGCAUUUUGUAACAAUAGCUAUAAUGACAACAAAGUAAGAAAAUAUAAAAAUAUAAAAAAAGAAUUGAUUAGCACAAAGUUGUCUUUAACCUGUGACAAAACAAAAAUAUCCAAUGAUAAUGUGAAAGUAUAUGAACAAAUUAAUAUUUCCUCGGAUUUUUAUGAUAAAGACAAUUUGUUCUUUACACCAUCAAAGAAUAAAAAUAAAUUAAGUUGUAAAAAUAUAAAAGACUCUAGAGAAUGUUCACAAACAGAAGAUUCUAUUUUGAAUAAAAAUGAAAAAAAAAAAAUUAAUGAACAAAUUCAGAGAUUACAGAAAAGGUUAAAUGAACUAAAAAGGAAAGAAGAAAAAAAGAAGAAAGAGAAAAAGCAGAAUCAUCAAGCAUCACUAAAAGAAGAAAAAGAAGGAAAUAGUAUAGAAUAUAAAAAAAACAAAAAAAUUUAUCAUAAAAUGCAUGUUGAAAAAAUUGGGAAAAAGAUUGAAUCUCAUAGAAAUAAGUUAAUGAAUUAUAAUAAUAAUACAUUAUAUAAAAAUAAAAGCAUAAAUGAAGAAAACAUUUUGAACAAUUUAGUAUCUAUUAAUCGAAAAAAAGUAAGUAGUAAUAUUUCUGAUUGUAGUGCAUAUUGUAAUAAAUAUAAAAAGAAUUUAAAUAGUAGCAGCAGUAGUAGUAGUAGUAAUAGUAUUAAUAAUGAUAAUGCAUUAAAUAUUAAUAGCACUGCUAUUAUUAAAAGUACAAAUUCAUUUAAUUCAUUAGAAAAUGUAAAUUUAAAUAAGGAUUUAUUUAGUAAUGAUAAAAUGAAAAUUUUAUGUUAUGAAAAUUUUUUUAAAUAUAAAGAUAAAGAUUAUAUUGACGACAUAUAUUCAAAUAAAAGUAACAAUAGUAAUUCUAAUAAUAACAAUGAAAUGAACUUUUCUAAUAGAAAUUGUAACAAAAAUAUAAAUACUUCUUAUAAUAAUGUAGAAAAAAAAGAAAAUAAAGAAAAUAAAGAAAAUAAAGAAAAUACUUUAAAUGAAAAUAAUAUUUCUUUUUUACAAAAAAUACAUAAAAAUUAUAAUCGAAAUGAAAAAAAUACAAAAAAUGGAUGCAAUAAUAAAAUUAAAUAUAAAAAUAAAGAUAAUGCUAACAAUUAUAUAUUUAAUGAUUAUACUCAUGUGUAUAUGCAUGAUGAUGAACACAUUAAUGGGAAUGUAGAAAAUAAUUCUCCCAAUAUUGAAGAAAUAGGCAAAUUUUAUAACUUACUUAAAGAAGAAAUAAAGAAAAGUAUAAAUACUGUAAGUAAAGAAAAUAUAUAUCAGCAUACAAAUGUACUAAAAGAUAAUGUAAAUCUUCUAAAAUAUUUAAAAAGCAAUUUUGAAAAAAAUAAAUUUUUUGAUCACAAUUUAUCAGAGAAUUUAAAUGAACAAACAAAUAUGAAAAACAAUUUAUUUGAAAACGUUGAUUCAUUUUUUUAUAAUUUUAAAAACAAUAAUAAUAAAAAUCAUGAUCAAAUAUAUACAGGAUCUUUUCAAUUUAAUAAACAAGAACGUAAUAAUCGAGAAGUAUAUGAGAAUAUAUGCAACUUAAAAGAAGUCAGCAAUACAAAAGAUAUAAAUAAUAGUACGUUAAAUAAUACUAAUAAAAAUAGCAAACAUAAUAGUAAUAUUAAUACUAAUUCUAAUAAUAAUAAUAUUAUUAAUACUACUACUAAUAAUAAUGAUCCUACUACUAAUUAUAAUAAUAACACUAAUAUUAAUAAUAAUAUAAAUGAUAAUUAUGCAGCUAAUAAUAGUAAUAAUACUACUAUUAAUAAUAAUAGCAAUAUUACCACAACUGAUAAUAAUAAUUAUUAUGAUAAUAAUGAUAGUGCAACUAAUAAUAAUAUAAAUAAUAAUUAUAAUAAUACACAUAAAAAUAAUGUUAAAACUAAUAUUAAUAAUAAUUCGAAUACAACUAAUAACAAUGUAAAUAAUAGUACUAAUGAUAUAAAUAAAACUAAUACUAAAACUAAUAUUAAUAAUAAUAACAAAACUAUUAUUAAUAAUAGCAGUAAGUAUGAAAAUGCUAACAUUAAUGAAAAUAAUAUUACUAAUAACAGUAGUACUAAUACUACUACUAAUGAUAAUAAUAAUAAUAGUAGUAUUAGCAGUAGCAGUAGCAGUAAUAAUAAUAAUAAUAAUAAUAAUAAUAGUAGCAGUAAUAAUAAUAAUAAUAAUAAUAAUAGUAGCAGUAGUAAUAAUAAUAAUAAUAAUAAUAAUAGUAGCAGUAGUAAUAAUAAUAAUAAUAAUAGCAGUAAUAAUAAUAAUAAUAAUAAUAGUAGUAGCAGUAGUAAUAAUAAUAAUAAUAAUAGCAGUAAUAAUAAUAAUAAUAAUAGCAGUAGUAAUAAUAAUAAUAAUAAUAGCAGUAAUAAUAAUAAUAAUAAUAGUAGCAGUAGUAAUAAUAAUAAUAAUAAUAGCAGUAAUAAUAAUAAUAAUAAUAAUAACGUUAAUACUAACAAUAAUUAUAGUAAUUGUAAUAAUGUUAAUUAUAGGAUAGAUGACAGUGAUCAUCAAAAUUUUUUUGAUUCAGAAGGAAAAAAAUUAUUUGAAAAGGAGAAAAAAAAUGAAAUUAUAUUAAAUGAACAGGAACUAAAAUCAUAUGAAAAUUCAAAUGAAAAUAUCAUUUUAACAAUACAAUGGAAUAUUAAAAAAAUAUCAUUAUUACGUUCAAGUGAAAACAAUUUUGUUGUUUCACCUGAAUUUAAAACGGAUACAAAAUUAAAUGACUUUUAUAUUUUGUUAAAUAUAAAUAAUAAUUCGGAACUUUUAGAUGAAAAUUCAAUAGGUAUUUUAUUUUCGUAUACAGGAUUUUGUGAUAUUAUAUUUUCGGUAAGAUGUGGCAUAUAUAAAAAAAAAAAUGCUUCUUAUAAUUUUUCAGUUUUCCCUUGGUUUGGUUAUGAUAACUGGGGUAAUCUAAAAAAUUGUGUAAAAAAUGAUAAAAUUUCUAUUACUAUUGAUAUUCAUAAAAUAAUAAAAAAAAAUUGUAUAAAAGAUGUUUUUUUAAAUAAUAUUAUAAAUAAAAUAAAGAAUGAAAAUAGUUAUUUAAACUACAAAGAAUCCUACAAAGAAAAUAUUAGUAGUUAUAAAAUAUUGGAUAUAAAUAAUAAAAUUAUGAAUAAUAAUAAUAAUAGAGCAAAUGAUAUCAGUAAUAAUAUGAAUGAUACAUUUAAUAAAUUAGUUAAUGUAAGUAAAGGAAAAGAUAUAAUAAAUAAUAAAUUAAUUUAUGAUAAUAGCUAUGAACUAGAUUUUUUAAAUACAAACACUGAGAAUAAUGAAAAUAAAAAUAGUGAUGAAAAAAUUGACAAUUUUAUUAAAAAUAAUUUUAAUUAUGACAAAAAUAGUAAUUAUUUUUCAUAUGGAGAAAAAAAUGAAAACGAUAAUUUACUACGUAUGGAACUAUCCUCAGAAGUAUCCAAUAAAAGAAAUAAUAAAGAUUUAAAACUUCAUGAUGAUCAUAUGAACAAGUCAAACAAUGAAUAUAAAUAUGAAAGCAUUUUUAAUCGAAAUCUAGACAGUGGUAAUUUAACAAGUAUUUUACACAAAAAUAAUGUUUCUAUAAAAUUUAAUAAAAAUUAUUAUCAUAAUAAUAAAAUGGAAACAAAAUAUCCUGAGAGUAUUUUAAAUAGAAGUAAUAACAAUAAUAAUAACAAUGAUAACGAAGAAAACAAUUUCAUUAAUAAAUUAAAAUUUCGUGAUAAUUCUUAUAAUAAUAAAGAUUUUCCUACGAAUGGUUGUUCUUUAAAAAGUAAAAAUGAUACAAAUGAUUUAAAUAAAAUAGAAUCAAAUAUCUUAAACAAAAAUGACAUAGAUAAUAAUUUGAAUAAAAAUGAGAAAUUAUUAAAAGAACAAAGUAAUAUAAAGAAAUCAAGUAAAAAUAUACUUAAUGAUAAUAAAUCAUAUUUCAUAUAUAAUUAUAAUUUAAAAGGGGAAGAUAAUUUUUUAAACGAAAGUAAUAAUAAUAAAUGCGAUAAUGUAGAUUAUUUAAUUUUUAAAAAUGAUGAAGAAAUGAAUAGAAAGGAAUCAAAAUUAAAUGAUCAAAUUUCAUUUGAAAACUUAAAUGAAAAUAAACUUAUAUACCUCAAGAAUCAAAAUAAUAAUGUUAUUAAUUCUUUUGACAAUAAGAAUAAUGACGGAUUAAAUAGUAUAAAUGAAUUCUAUAUGCUAAACAAAAAUAAUAUUAUUUGUAAUAAAAUAAGGAAAAGAUAUUUUAAUUUAUCAUUACAAAAUAAAAAUAAUAAUGAUACUAACAAUGAUAACGAUAAUUAUAAUGAUACUACUAUUAAUAAUAAUCUAAAUGAGAAUACUAGUAUUAAUAAUAAUACUAAUACUUCUAUUAAUAAUAGUAGAAAAAAUAUUACUAUAAAUAAUAAUUAUAAUGAUAAUUAUACUAACAGAGAUAAUGAUACUACUAAUAAUAAUACUAAUACAAAUACUAACGCUACUAUGGAUAAUAAUAAUUUAAUUAAUAAUAUUAGUUCUAUUACUAGUACUACUAGUAAUAAUCAUAUGAAUUAUAUCAUCACUACUAUUGCUAAUGAUGAUAAUAAUUUUAACAGCAAUAGCAAAACGAAAUAUCAAUAA